AUGCCGAAUGAUUCAUCGAAUUCUAGGAAAGGCAAAAGCAAUUUUGCCCCCAAAACCGGAUAUACCCACAAAAAUCAACAGAUUGACUUCGUUGAUGAAUACAGUUUUGCCCAAACACAGCUAGAUUCUCAAGAUUUACUCAAAGUUAAUACAUUCAUUGCAUGCUUCAAUGCAGGAGAACGCAUAUCCAUGUCUUCUAGGGUCAGCAAUUUCAGUAUUAGCACUUUUGGCUCAUUUUGCGAGAUAUUAAUAACGAAAAAAAUUUACGGACCGUUUUUAUUGAUUCUUCCACCAGAAUUAGUAAAAAUGUGGUUUGAUGCUAUAUCUCAAAGCAAAAUCAUUACAACAGUUCUCUAUAACGCUCCUCCUGAAAAAAGAAAUCAAAUUUCGAAUGACUUCUACAAAAAGGAUGGCUCUUAUACAUUCCAUCUCUUAAUAACUACCUCUGACAUUUAUCGUGAGGAUAUCAACAAAUUUAAAUCCAUGAAUUUUGCGUUUUCAUUGAUUAACAGGAAUGAUGACCAACAACAGAUAGAAGUCAAUUCACAUUCGAUCAUAUUUAACCAAUUCGAGUCAUUCGGGCGAUAUACAAUCGAAACUCAUAAAAUGAUCUCCACAAUUAACAGAUUGACACUUCCAUCUGAAGAAAAAGAUAAAAUAUACUUCGUACAGAAGCAGUUUCAGCUUUUCUUUCCUUCUUACGAUACAGAAAAUUUAUUAUUGGAAUCUCCAACGAUAAAAUACGUAAAUUGUCCACUUACUCAAACCCAAAGAAUGAGUAUCAAAAAUUUACUCUAUCAGCAUACAAAUGAUAUCAAAGGAAACAAUUUUAAGAUUUUACGUCGAGAAAUUGAAAGAGUUUGCCAUCAUCCUUACUUAAUCUUUGGUAAUGAACUCACAUAUAAGGAAAAUAUCAUCGAAGCUUCGUCAAAAAUCCAAACUCUUAACGAAAUAAUUGCAAAUCAUCAUUCUCACGUUUUAAUCGUCUCAGAUUACAUUAAAAUGCUUGACAUUGUCGAAGAUUUUCUUUUGACAACAGAUCAUGCAUAUACUCGUGAUAAAUUUUCGAAUGGAAUUAUUUUAAUGCACAUUCGCGACUUUUCUUUACAAGAAAUGAUUGAGAAAUCAGAAACAAUCAUUUUUACAGAUGUUUUCGUUGACGGAAUCAAAGGAAACAAGCAUUUGAUCAGGCUAACAUGCGAUGAUUUAACAGAAUCAAAUUGGGAACACAUAAAAGAUGAACAACUUUGCAAGUUUGCUUCUAUCAAAGCUUUUAUUAACAUUGAUUCCAAAUCUAGCUUCACAGAGACCUCUCAACCGACAGAAUUAUCUGAUUCGUUCUUAUCCUUAGCCGAAAUGGACAAUUUCUGGGAAAUUUUCUUAGAAUCAGAUUUAAACGACGAGAAUACAGCAGAAGAACACCAACCAAUCAAAAAAUUGUCGAUCAGACAGAGAAACCAAUUUAUUCGCUGCAUUUUCAAUUUCUAUUGGAACAGAUGGGAGUAUGUCAGGAAAUAUACAGGAUUAAACCUAAGCGAUGAUGAUCUCCGAACUGUGGCUGAUAUAAUAAUUCGUAAGAUUUAUAAUUUGUCACAACACCAAGGCAAUUACUUCGCAGUUAGUGAUAUACUACGUAAUGAAGCAACCGAUGAGAGUUUAAUCGACUUUGAUGACAAAAUUAUUCCUUAUUUAAGGUCGAACGCCGAUAACUUCUUAAACCGACUCCAAAUCCUUAGGUUCUUUGAAAUAGCUUCUAAAGCUGAGAUUACAACAGAGUUCCAAAUCCCAGAUGACAUGAAAGAGGUUUGGUGGACAAAAGAUCACAGUAUGGCCAUGGUCAAAUUCGUUGCUAACCACGGAUUUUCAGAAUUUGAUGAUAUUGAUCUGGAAAAUACUGAUAUUUAUAAUUAUAUCUCAGAAAAUAUCACAACAAUCAAAGAUGUAAUAGAUUUUGUUGUUCUCAAUACAGACCAGGCAUCUAAAAUAUGCGAAACACCAUAUGUUGUCGAGUAUUUCUUCGUUAAUGAUGAAUUUAAAUCAAAAUGGAACAAAGAAGACAUUACGAAAGUCGUUAAGUUCCUAUUCAAUCAUGGAAUACCUAUUGAUAAAGAUGGCUCGGAAGAUUAUAACGCUUUUCAUGAAAAAUUGAAGAUUGAAAACAAAUCUGCUGAAGAUAUUCAAGCGAUUGUUAAGAAUAUGAUUGAUAAUGCAACUGCAAAGAGCAACAUCGAAAUCUUCCAUGACCACACUGAAGAUUUCAUUGAACAUAUCACAACAAUGAAAGAGUUGCAUUUCAUCAUUAAUGGAAGAACUGAUGAAGAAAUAUUGUUUAUUCUGCAUAGAACAAAGAAAUGGUCCCAAUUACCCAAGUUAUUCAAUUCUCAGAUUGAAAUGAAGUUCUUUAAGUUGCUUUUCCAAGGCGGAUUUGAUGCUUUACCAGAGAUUUCCAGAGAUCCAGAUAUUUUGGCCGCAUUUGGUAAGACAAAACCAUCAGCUCUCACUAAAUUUACAAAAGUCUCUGCAAGAAUCCACUUAAUUGCAGGAUCAAUAAGACUCGGAAAGGAAAUAACGGAAGAUGUUGUCAACCAAUAUAUCAAACGAAGCAGAAAAGGAACAAGUGACGAUCAGAAUUCAGCUCAAGAGCCAAAUAGUUCUCCCAAACCGAAAUCAAGAUCAAAACCAAAGCCAAAACCAGAAGAUAAGCCUCAAGAGCAACAAAAGGAGGAAGAAAAACAAAAUCAAUCAGAUGAUCACUCUCCAAAGCCGAAUCAACAACAAAAAUCAUCAGCACCAUCAACUCCAAGGCCAAUCAAAGGCAAGCUUCUAUCAGAAGUCACAUUUCCUUUCGAAAUUACAGCGACCACAAAAGUAUUUUCUCUCGGAACCGUUGUUUACGACCGACCAGCUUAUCAUACAGAACGAUAUAUUUAUCCUGUUGGCUAUAAGACAUCACGAGUCGGAAAAUCAACAACGGAACCGAACAAAACUGUUGUUUACAUCAGUGAAGUUCUUGAUAACGGCGAUGCUCCAUUAUUCAGAGUUACAACAGAAGACGGCUCUGCUAAAUUCGAAGGCGCAACACCGACAGCUCCAUGGUCAACCAUUCUUAAGACCAGUGCCAAGUUAAACAACAUUCAAGGAAGGGCUUUGGCUGUUUCUGGACCCGAAAUGUAUCUGUUUUCCAAUCAACAAGUCUAUAAUUUAAUGAUGCAGUUACCUGAUAUUGACAAAUGCGAAGGAUUUACACGCGUUGAGAUCAAACCAAGGAAUUCAGGACGAAGAAAACCGAAGGAAGAGAAUCCUUCAGAAGAAAAGAAAGAUGAGAAAACAGAUGAAAAGAAGAAGAAAGAAGAGAAACCAGAAGAUAAAAAGAAGAAAGAAACGAAAUCUGAAGAAAAGAAACAAUCAAGUGAUGAUGGAAAGAGAAAGAAACAGAAGAAACAAAAAUCUAGUGAUUAUUAUGAAGAGGAAGAGUCAGAGUCUUCAACAGAAAGCGACUCUAGCGACUCAGACUUUGUAAAUUAA